AACCACCAUCACCAUCACCAUCAGACACAAGGAACACGCAACGAUAUUCCCAGGCCAAACCACAAACAAUUUGCAAUUCAAUUAUACAGGUGCCCGUCGCAUCUCCCCGUCGCCCAUCAUGGCCGACGCCGAGCUUCAAUCCCGCUUCUCCGCCCCCAACAAGCCGCUUGAGCCCGAUGUUCUCAGCGAGCUCGAGUCCAUUCUGCGCCUCCACAACCUGUCCGCCGAAGACCUCUACUUCAAGUGGGAGUCGUACUGCAUAAAACUCGACCUCGACGCCCAGGACAUUUCGCUCGAUGCCGUGCGCAACCUCAAGCAGAGCAUCCAGGACGCGCUCGAGAAGAGCCACCAACAGGUCCAGGUCAAGUCCGAGCGAAAAGUCGUUGCCACGCCGCGGGCUGGCGCGAAGGGCAGCGGUAUGCUUGGCAUGCUGGAUGGGAUGAUGCCCAGCACGCCCGCAGCAGGUGGAAAGCUGGGCCGCGCGCCAGGCACUGGGAGUGCGCUGAAGAGAAAGUUGAACACGCCCAAGGGGUUGACAAGCUCCCCGGUGACAGCAAAGAGCGCCGUAAAUGGAUCUCAGUCUCAGGCCACGUCUUUCAACGAUCGAGGAAAUGCCGGAGAAGUCGUCGAGAUCCUCAACGACCGCCUCACUGCUGCCGAACCUCCCAUGGCACCCUUUGCCGAACCUCGCGUGAAGCUCACUGCUGCCUCCGACCAGAAGAAGAUGAACUACAAGCCGCUAUCCAUGAAGCUGUCAGAAGCGAGCGAGAUUCUCGAUGACCGAAUCGACGACUUCAUGACGAUUGUUCAGGAGCAUCACAAGCUCGAUGAGACAGCCUUCUGCAGCGCCGCCAGCCAGAGCACUACCGAGAUUGUAGCUGUUGGGCGGAUUGCGUCAGACUCGGCAGAGGGAAAACUGAAUGCCGCCUCGCUCGUGUUGGAGACAUCACGGCGCACUGGCAUGGGUCUUCGAGUGCCGCUCAAGAUGGACAACAUCAAAAGUUGGAGCUUCUUUCCCGGCCAGAUUGUCGCCUUUCGGGGGAGCAACGCGUCCGGAAACGAGUUUGUCGUCAAUGAGAUCCUCGAGAUCCCUCUUCUCCCCAGCGCCGCCUCGGCCCCAUCGGCCCUUGAAACUCACCGUGAGAGGCUCCGAGGAGGACCGGACGCUAUGGACGACGACUCCGACCCAGCACCCCUGAAUGUCAUCUUCGCAGCGGGCCCUUACACGGCUGAUGACAACCUCGACUUUGAGCCACUUCACGCUCUAUGCAGCCAGGCAGCUGACACCUACGCCGACAGCCUCGUAUUAACGGGUCCCUUUCUCGAUAUUGACCACCCUCUCAUUGCGACGGGCAACUUCGACCUCCCUGAGGAGGCCAACUUCGACCCGGACACUGCUACUAUGACUACUGUCUUCCGAUACCUCGUUUCCCCCGCCUUCAACCGCCUCGCCUCUGCCAGCCCGCACCUCACCAUCAUCCUCAUCCCCUCAGUGCGUGAUGUUCUAGCCAAGCACGUCUCGUGGCCCCAGGACACCAUCCCCCGCAAGGAGCUCGGCCUGCCCAAGUCGGUCCGCAUCCUCACCAACCCCAUGUCCCUCUCCAUCAACGAGCUCAUGCUCGGCGUGUCCUCCCAGGACAUUCUCUCUCAACUCCGCAGCGAGGAAGUUGCCAUGGGAAGCCCCGGCACCGACCUCAUGGGCCGUUUGUGCCGCUACCUCGUUGAACAGCGCCACUACUUCCCACUUUUCCCGCCUACCGACCGCACAAGACUUGCCAAGACGGGCACAGAGGAUGGUGUUGCUACAGGUGCGGCGUUGGAUCUGAGCUAUCUAAAGCUUGGUGAGAUGGUCAAUGUGCGACCAGAUGUCAUGAUGGUGCCCAGUCUACUACCUCCGUUUGCAAAGGUAAACCUCCUCACUUCUCCAUGACAUGUUCCAAUUCUAACAUAUCCACCAGGUCAUCGAGAGUGUCCUCCUCAUCAACCCAGGCUACCUCUCAAAACGGCGCGGCGCAGGCACAUACGCACGCAUGACACUGUACCCACCCCCCGUCGACAGCGGUGCUGAAAUGGUCAGCCACCGGGUCUUCGAUCGAGCGCGCGUCGAG